AUGGCAUGUCUACCGUCUGCCCCUCCUCAUCGCCCUCUGCACGCUGUUCCUCGCCCGCCAUGCCUAUCGCAAGAUUCAGUCGCGAUCCAAGACCCCUGCGUCCGCGUCAGUCCCGUCCUCGCCCCGCAUUCAGUCUCCGGAGAAAAGCCUGAAACAGAAACUCAUUGCGCCGACCGAACCCCCCGGCCUGUCUCGGCCACGACAAACAACAAGCCUGGCCCUAAAUUGGCAUCCGGCCCCAAGCGCGUUCAGGGCAAGAAGCCUGCAAAGACAGUCACUGGGCGCCGCGAGACUGUUGAGGAAGUCCCGCCCUUGUCCUUCAUUCAGCCCAUCGUUUUCUUUGCCUCGUUGACCACAACGACCGAACACUACGCCAAUGUGCUGCUGGAGGACCUACGCGUGGCAGCCCAGGAACGAGCAAACCCCGAGAACCGUGAACGAGGCCUCUUACCCCCACAGAUUCAUGAUAUCUCCUACGUCGACUUCGAUGACUUCUUCACCACGGUCCCCAAACCCCCGACAACCUCCCCCGGCACUCGCUACGUUUACUGCAUUCUGAUCCCCUCGUACAACAUCGACACCGUGCUCAACACGUUCCUGAGCCAUUUGGAUGAAACCCAUCAUGAUUUCCGGGUCGACACCGCGCCGCUUUCUCAAUUGGCAGGCUAUUCGGUCUUUGGUUUUGGUGACAAGGAGGAGUGGCCCACCGAAGAGGAAGGGUUUUGUUUCCAGGCCAAGGAAGUCGAUCGUUGGAUGGCUAAACUCACUGGUCGCAAGCGAGCUUAUCCGCUGGGAAUGGGUGAUGUCAAGAGUGAUCCAGAGACCUCGUUGAAGGAAUGGUCUCGCGGACUUCAGGACACCCUCGUCGACAUCUUGGAGAGUGGUGGGCUUGGGGAGGGCGUGCCCGGUAGCGGCGAUGCCGUGGAGAGCGACGAGGAGGACUUGGAGGAUGAGGAUGAGUCCAAGAGCCCAAAGAACACAAUGGUGGAUCUUGAGGACAUCCAGAUGAACGGAGACUCGGCUGGCCCUCUCCCGAUCGACUUUACCACUAUCGGUAAGGCCAUUUCAGCAGAGCCCACCGCCAAGGAGAUGGUACCAACGACCUCCCCGACCUAUGCGGCUUUGACCAAGCAGGGAUAUACAAUCGUGGGCUCACACUCGGGUGUGAAGAUCUGCCGGUGGACCAAGUCGGCGCUCCGGGGCCGUGGGUCAUGCUACAAGUACUCUUUUUACGGGAUUAAGUCUCACCUCUGCAUGGAGGCAACACCCUCGCUGUCGUGCAGCAACAAAUGUAUCUUCUGCUGGCGUCACGGCACGAACCCUGUCGGAACCACCUGGCGGUGGAAGGUGGACUCGCCCGAGCUGAUCUUUAAAGGUGUGAAAGAAGGUCACUACAAAAAAAUCCAGAUGUUGAAGGGUGUGCCGGGCGUGCGGGCCGAGCGAUUUGCCGAAGCCAUGCGCAUCCGGCAUUGUGCUUUAAGCCUGGUCGGCGAGCCCAUUUUCUAUCCUCAUAUCAACCGCUUCCUGGAAAUGCUGCACCGCGAGCACAUCUCCAGUUUCAUGGUCUGCAACGCCCAGCAUCCGGAUCAGCUUGAGGCGCUGCACCGGGUAACCCAGCUCUACGUCUCCAUCGAUGCCAGCAACCGCGAAAGUCUACGAAAGAUUGAUCGCCCGCUCCACCGUGAUUUCUGGGAGCGGUUCCAGCGCUGUUUGGAUAUUCUGCGAGAGAAACGCCACUUCCAGCGAACCGUGUUUCGCCUGACACUCGUGAAGGGCUUCAACGUGGAGGAUGAGAUCAUCGGGUAUGCAAACCUGGUCGAGAAGGCGCUCCCCGGUCUGAUCGAGGUCAAGGGUGUCACCUACUGUGGAACCAGCACAAGUGCUGGUGCCGGCCUGACUAUGAAGAACGUGCCAUUCUACGAAGAAGUCUCCGCGUUUGUCGUCGCACUGAACAAGGAGCUGCAGCGCCGCGGCCUCAAGUACGGCAUUGCUGCCGAGCACGCCCACAGCUGCUGCAUUCUGCUCGCCUCCGAACGCUUUCAUGUCAAUGGAAAGUGGCACACUCGCAUUGACUAUGACCGCUUCUUCGAGCUGCUGGAGAGGGAGAAAUUGGACGGUACCUCGUUCACCCCGGAAGAUUACAUGCGUGAGACAGAGGAAUGGGCUCUUUUUGGCCGUGGUGGCUUUAACCCAGACGACGAACGGGUGUACCGAAAAGGACGGGAUCCAGAUGCCAGGGCUCGCAAAGCCCGUGAAAUUCUCGGGAUUGAGCCUGCAUCAUGGCCGGCAUCGAACCCUCCAUCAUAA